AUGGAUGAAGUUAUUAUAUUGGUAUAUUUAUCGGCGUGGGAACAACGGCAAGUUAAAACUAAAACGCAAAUUGAAGAAGAAGCAUACCCUAAAAAAGAAGACCUUGUCAUCAGAGAGAGUGCAAAACCACAAAAGAUAGAUGGGUGUGUCAAAGGAACAAGUUGAGUCAUCCUUGAACUCCAAACUUAACCCUUCCCAUCUUGAAGUAAUCGAUAUAUCUGGAGGGUGUGGUGCAAGUUUUUCUGUUGAGAUUGUGUCAGAACAAUUUGAAGGCAAAAGGCUACUGGAAAGGCAUAGAAUGGUGAAUGCUGCAUUAGAAGAGGAAAUGAAAGAGAUUCAUGCACUUUCUGUAAAGAAAGCUGUUACUCCAGAGCAGUGGAAAAAACAGCAAGAAUCCAACCAAUCAAACCCUGCUGCCUAGACCAUAUAAUAAUGUUUAUUAUGAAUAAAAAAUCCUUACAAUAUUUCUGGAUCAUAGUUCUAUGUAUCUUUGUUGCCACAAAUUUUUAGUAUUGUACUGCUUAAUUUUAGUUUUAAAGAAACAGUGGGGUGAUUUUGUGAUGA